GCCGAGUCCCCGCCGCACGCUCAAUAUGAGAGAGUCCAGGAAGGACUGAGGAGGGCCAGCAAGACUGGGCCGCUAGUUUUUCCAAAUCUUCCACAAAGGAGACCAGAUCAGAUUCAGGAAGGAAGGGAAUAGGGCGCCACGCCGUACGUUUUGGUAUAAGAGAUCUACAGCAGGGGUUGAGAAUCGAGAUGCUCUGAAAAAUUGAGCGAGGUCGACGUACCCACCUGGAGAUUCUUCACUUGGGGGGUUUGUCCCAGUGCUGAUCUAUGAGACCACGGCGAAGGCUCAGCUGUGUUUUCCUUUCUUCUGGGGUAGCAGGAUGGACGAUUUUGAUGGAGGAUUGUGCUUCGAUUUUGAGGCAGGUCUUGAUACCGGGCGUCUUGGGACUCCGUCGGACGAUCUGUAUGGAGGGGGUCAUGGUUUGGGGGAUGUGCCGCCAGAAGUGGUGGGGAGGAGCCACAUGGCGGCUCGCAGGAACUAUAGGCAAACAGUCUGUCGGCAUUGGUUAAAGGGUCUUUGUAUGAAGGGGGAUUCGUGUGGGUUCUUACACCAGUUUGAUCCGACCCGGAUGCCUGUUUGCCGAUUCUUUGCGAAACAUGGGGAGUGCCGAGAGCCGAAAUGCCCUUUCAAGCAUACACUGGAGGACCUGAAGGAAUGUAACAUGUACAAGUUGGGCUUCUGCCCCAAUGGCCCCGAUUGCCGCUAUCGCCACCAGAAGUUGCCCGGCCCCCCUCCCCCAGUCCAUGAGGUUGUCCAGCGCUUUCAGCAGAAGCUCUACAAUGUGCACCAUGGCGAGUACGCUGCCAGACGGCCUGGAUCUGCUGGCCAGUAUGACGUGGAUGGAGAUGGUGCCUGGCAGCAACAAAUGAAGUUUCGCAGGGAUGAGGAUGCAGCCUCAGCAGGGGAUGCGAUGAUGCGGCCAAUGCCAUUUGCCACUAAGGCCAAUCCCAUGCCGCCAGGUAGCACUAGGUACUUUAUCAUCAAGUCAGCAAACCGCGAGAACUUAGAGCUGUCCACGCGGCGUGGAGCCUGGGCGACGCAUCGCAACAAUGAGCAGCGCUUGAAUGCUGCUUUUGACACAGUCGCCAACGUUAUUCUUAUCUACUCGAUCAACGAGAGCCGGCACUUCCAGGGGUGUGCACGCAUGGAGUCAAAAGUUGGGGCAACCAAUGCGACUGGCCAGUGGAAAUAUGCCCAUGGGACUGCACAGUUUGGACGCAACUUCAGGCUAAGGUGGCUAAAGCUAUGUGAGCUUUCUUUCACCAAGACCCGCCAUCUGCGGAACCCCUACAACGAGAACCUGCCCGUCAAGGUGGCUCGUGACUGCCAGGAGCUGGAGCCGAGCGUCGGCGAGCAGUUAGUGGCUCUCAUGUAUGCGGAGCCAGACAGCGAGCUUAUGGUGUUUGCUAAGAAGGCUCAGGAGGAGGAAGCUGCCAGCCGCCUCCUCGCCCAGGAAGCAAUCAUUGACACCGAAAUGACGCCCAUGGACGCCGACCCCGCCGAGGACGGCUAUGGCUGGGGCCAGCGGGGGCCUCCCGUGGGCAUGUGGCCAGAGGAUGCGCGUGCCAGGGGCUCCGAGAUGGACUAUUCUCGGAGCCGUGCCGAGUACGCCAUGUACCAGAGACGAGCUGCGUUUGAGCGCGCUGCCGAGUAUGGAGAGCCCUUCAGGGGUUCUUACCCGGAGGCGUACGCGGAGAGGGCGUUUGCGGGGAUGGGCCGGAUGCCACUGCGCGAACCCGGAUUACAUGCGAUGCCGGUGGAUGACGACCCGCGCAUUGCUGCGUACGGCUCCAGGGUGUAUCCCUCCCGGGGUGGCAUCCCUCCUCCAAGUGGACGGGCCGGUUAUCCAGGCCUUCCUGCUGAGUACCGCAGGAACUCGCUGGCUGCGAAGCUACAGGUGCCGGAGCUCGAGGGCGAGCCCAAUGGGGAGUCGAGCAGCAGCGACGGCAUCAGCCCCUCCGACUCGGUGCGCAGCGGCCAGUACAUGAGCGACAGCGCGGUGCAGUUCCUGAAGGACCGCAGGAAAGCGAUGGACUACUACGUGGCGCCCGAACAGCCGCUGCCGCGCAGUCUUCCAGAUGGGUUGCUGGACGGCGAGUACGGCGACCAGUGGCGCGCUCCGAUUGGACGGCGGGAGCUGAUGGAGGGGCGAGGGGGCCAGUGGGCGGUGCCGCCUGGGAUGGACGAAGAGUUAGGACUGAUAUAAGCUGCCCAGUGUGCUUCGGGCACAAAGGGCAGAAAGAUGUAGGCGCCGAGAGGAUACAGUGACAUGGGGCAGGGGAGGGUGUAUGAGUAUGUUGUUGUGGGGCUGGUCUUUCAACGGGUGCAUAGCAGCUGGGAUAUCAAGAUGAAGUCGGUCGUGUUAGGUUGCGUGGCAGAACAGCGUCAUGAGGUUUCAUGGGUAGGCCGUCUUGCUGGUGAAAAGAAAGAGGUUGCUCGCUGACCUUGCCCGGCAGCGGGGGUGCCGCUGCUGUGCAGUGGUCCUAGGCGUUUCAAAACAUUAGAUGCAUUAGUAGCAGAGAAGUAGUGACAGAGACUCGUGAGGCUUGUACAAUCCCAAAAAACCUUUCUAACCGCAUGCUGCAAAUAAAGUAGAGGACCGCUGGCUUUGCGAUUACUUGAGGCUGAACACACUUAUCUGAACUUUUCGAAGACUUGGUAGCUAGGACGGAAGGUCCUUGCCUUGCGUUGUGAACCUGUUAGUAGAAGCGAAGGGCGUUUCCAAGUCAGUGUAGGAAGAAUUUUGGUAGAUAUGAAGAAGAUAAGUAUAAAGAACAACAAGCUCGCGCUCGACACUGAACCGGAUUAUUAUCUCAUAAUUGAGGAUAACUUUUGAAGGAGUCUUUAUGCUUCCUGUAAUUAUCUCUUGAUUGGGUCAACUACUGACGUUGC